GUUCCGGGGAGAGAGCGCAUGCGUGAGUGUACGCGUUGCCGGCGAAGUGGGGACCCUGACGACUCGGAAAUUUGAAUACCACAGUAGCAUGGAGUGUGACCUCAUGGAGACUGACAUCUUGGAGUCGUUGGAAGAUCUAGGUUACAAGGGUCCUCUGUUAGAAGAUGGUGCACUGUCUCAAGCAGUCUCUGGUGGAGCUAGUUCCCCGGAAUUUACCAAACUCUGUGCAUGGCUGGUAUCUGAAUUAAGAUUGCUCUGUAAACUAGAAGAAAAUGUGCAAGCAACCAAUAGUCCAAAUGAAGCUGAAGAAUUCCAACUUGAGGUGAGUGGACUGCUAGGAGAAAUGAACUGCCCGUACCUCUCGCUGACAUCCGGGGAUGUGACCAAGCGCCUUCUCAUGCAGAAGAACUGCCUCCUCUUGCUCACAUACCUCAUCUCAGAACUAGAAGCUGCCAGAAUGCUCUGUGUGAAUGCUCCUCCCAAAAAAGCUCAAGAAGGAGGUGGUAGUGAAGUCUUUCAGGAGUUGAAAGGCAUAUGUAUUGCUCUGGGAAUGUCCAAGCCUCCAUCCAAUAUAACUAUGUUCCAAUUCUUCAGCGGGAUUGAAAAAAAAUUAAAGGAGACGUUAGCAAAGGUUCCACCUAAUCAUGUGGGGAAGCCGCUAUUGAAGAAACCCAUGGGACCAGCCCACUGGGACAAAAUUGAAGCAAUUAACCAAGCCAUAAGCAACGAAUACGAAGUACGGAGAAAGCUGCUAAUAAAACGUUUGGAUGUCACCGUGCAGUCUUUUGGCUGGUCUGACAGAGCUAAGAGUCAGACAGAAAAAUUAGCAAAAGUUUACCAGCCCAGACGCUCAGUCUUAUCUCCUAAAAGUAGUAUUUCUGUUGCCCAUCUUCUGGCCGCAAGACACGACUUGUCAAAGAUUUUAAAGACGAGCAGCGGCUCUCUUCGAGAAAAGACUGCCUGCGCCAUCAAUAAGGUGUUGAUGGGCCGAGUGCCUGACAGAGGUGGCAGACCCAAUGAGAUUGAACCUCCACCCCCAGAAAUGCCACCCUGGCAGAAAAGGCAAGAGGGCCCCCAGCAGCAACCAGGAGGCCGAGGAGGGAGAGGCGGUUACGAACAUUCCUCAUAUGGAGGCCGCGGCGGCCAUGAACAAGGAGGAGGGAGAGGUGGACGCGGUGGCUAUGACCACGGUGGUCGAGGGGGAGGAAGAGGAAAUAAGCAUCAAGGAGGCUGGACAGAUGGCGGCAGUGGAGGAGGCGGUGGCUACCAGGAUGGUGGCUAUCGAGAUUCUGGCUUCCAACCGGGGGGCUAUCACGGUGGCCACAGUGGUGGCUAUCAAGGUGGUAGUUAUGGCGGCUUCCAAGCAUCAUCGUACACAGGAAGUGGAUACCAGGGUGGUGGCUACCAGCAGGACAACAGAUACCAGGAUGGAGGGCACCACAGUGAUCGAGGCAGUGGGCGUGGAGGGAGAGGUGGGCGAGGAGGCCGGGGUGGCCGAGGGGGUCAGGGAGGAGGCUGGGGAGGAAGAGGGAGCCAGAAUUAUCACCAAGGGGGUCAGUUUGAGCAGCACUUCCAGCACGGAGGGUACCAGUAUAGCCACUCUGGAUUUGGACAGGGAAGACAUUAUACUAGUUGAGGCUACAGAACCUUACAUUUUGCUAGAGCUCAAGUAAUAGAAACUUAGUUUCAGAACCCUAAAUCCAGAAUCUCUCUUGAAUUCAUGUGAGCCCACAGGUGGCAGGCAUAAGCAUUGAUAGGUCAUCAUUUUCAGUUCUGUCGGAAUUUUUAAUGGACUUACAUAAAGCUGUUUAUUUGGGAAAUGCAUCUCUCCUUUGUAUGAAGAAUUUUUUAAAGAGGUAAUUAUAAAAGUUGCCUUUAAUCUUUGACCAGUAGACUAAUUCCAGAGUCGGAAAAUGCAUACUUUUUUGAAGAAAUUACUUGAAUAAGUAGUUUUCACGUUUUCAAUAUACAGUUUUGAAAAUGAGGAGUCUCCUAGAUUUUUUCUUUCGAUUUACAACUAGGAAAUCUUCCUCGUAUUAACAAACCAUUUAUAUGUGUUUUGCUUAAAGUAUUCUAAUGCCUGUUUUCCAAGCACACUUCUGCCCCUGGCUGGCUGUUUUUAUUCCAGAGGUUAUGCCACGUUUACUUCACGAUAGAACUUGUAGGUCUGUUCCUAUUAAGUGAGCUCUUCUGCAGAUCGCACAUGCAUAGCCUUAUCUUGUGGGUGGAAUACUGUCCCACACGCGCAACUCAAAACCUGAGACACGGCCACAAUCCACCAGAGAAACAAGCAAACUACGUGUGAGCCGAUAGACCAUGUAGACAGAUAGUGUUAAGUAUAGCAACUCAAACUGACCUGCAUCCAUCCGAAACCAGUUCCUCCUUCCACCUUGUUGUUACUUGAAAUCUAGAAGAAACAGCAAACUGAGUUUUGUUUUAUGCACGAGAUAAUACCACUGGCUCAGCAAACACAAGUGAGUUUACUUUGGGCAGGAGGCUGUUUGUUUGUUUGGGGUUUUUUGUUUUUGUUUUUGUCCUCGUAACAGAAGACGUGCACUACCGAGGAAGAAGACAGAUCGUUGCUUCCUGCAGGAGGCCCUUUAUUAUUGCUGCAGACAACAAAAGCCUGGCUGAGUUGACGUGUUACAUUCUCCUUCACUGAAAUCUUCCAUGAUGCUUCUGGCUGGGUUUUUGUAUCCGUAACCAUUGUUAAGCUGUGAAAGAAAUGGCUGGAGGUGUGCGUUGUGUGCGAGAUGAGCAAUAAAGCACCUGUACAUUCUC